CGGAACUAAAAUUUUCGGUGGAAAAACUCAAAGUUGGUGAUUGUGAUCACGACAGUAAGCCUCAGAUCGGACUGACUGAGCCUGCUGAUCAUUCUGUGCGUUUUCUCGUCGCGAUUCGUGGACAUCUUUGGCUCUAAGCGUUAAGAGCAAGCCAGUUCCAAAACCCGGGCGUAUUCCGUCGGGCUCGCUGUGCUGCCGCUGGCGUUUUAUCACGCCGUUCGCGCUGUGCCGUUGUUCCUGUGCCGCUGUCGCUGCUGCCGUCGUGCCGGUUGGGCCGUAACUUCUCCGUGGGCGCUACUUGGUGGUGCCACGCAGCUGCUAGCUGCCUCCUGGUCUUCUCGAGCUGCUCGUCAUCCGUGGGUCUGGGACGUCGCCGCGCCGCCGAAACAUCGAUGGACACUACUCUCCUUCUCGCAGCAGUACUGUACUGCAUAGUCCCGGUGACUCACUGUAUGUAUGUCACGCCCAUACAUGACAGUCCAGGGCUUUACUUUGAUAAGCUUAUAGAUAUUAAGUUCACUAGCACUAAAUGGAAUGUUGUGACGCAUUUAAAUGUGGAUCAUGUAAAACCUAAUCUUAAUGAAGUAGAGUUCAUUUUUGAACGAGUCAAUAGUCUUUGUAAUUCCAUCCAAUUUAAUCAAAUUAGAAUCGACUGUAGGAACUCUUUAGCCGCGUUACGUAAUCAGCAUUUAAAUAACGUCAACAAGUUUUCCUCUAUCUCCUAUUUAGUAGAUGACGAGCAACCUCAUCGUCGCUCUAAGCGAGGGCUGUUCGAUUUUGGUGGCUCAAUUUUAAAAACAUUUUUCGGCACCUUAGAUUCUGAGGACGCUAUAAAAUAUUCUGAUGCUAUUAAUCAAGUACAGACGGAUGAAAAACAACUUGUAGCAUUAAUGAAAGACAAUAUACACAUAAUUAGAUCAACUAUAAAUUCAUUCAAUAGUUCUAUAAAUAAAGUAAAUGAAAACGAAAAUAUUUUAAUGAAAAAUAUGGAUAUAAUUCAGAAAUCAAUGCAGGAUAUUUUAAACAGCAAUGAUCAGUUAGUAAUUAAAACACAGUUAAAUUCCGUUAUUAACGCUUUGGAUUCUAUUAUACUAUCACUUUCAUUUAGUAUAGAUGAUAUUAACAAUGCCAUAUUAUUUUCAAAAUUAAAUAUUUUACAUCCGACUGUACUCAGUCCGCAUCAGCUGUUCAGUGAGUUAGAUAAACACCGAAAUGACUUACCUAAGCACUUUGACUUACCCGUUACGUUGUCCUUACAGAAUAUACAUGAAUUGGUAGAUAUUUCCGAUUUGAUAUGCUAUUUUCAUGCCAAUAAGAUUAUAAUAAUAAUUAAAAUACCUUUAGUAUUGCCGCAAACAUAUAAUUUAUACAAUGUUAUAUCAUUCCCAGUUCCAUAUGAUAUUCAACACCCAAAUACCUUCAUCCUAAUUGCUCCCUCUAGCCCAUAUGUUGCAAUAACUCAAGAUCAUAUGUUCUACUCACUACUGUCGAGACUAGACGAGUGUAAAGUGAUAAGUGAAAAGUGCUAUAUUUGUGAGUUGAAAAACGUAUAUUCGGUAAUCGCGAAUCCCACGUGUGAAACGGUUCUUUUAAGUGAAGUAGUUGAUAAGAUUCCUUCCACUUGCCAGACAAGAUUAAUUCAUGGAUCUGUAGAUCUUUUUCAUAAAUUGAGUAACAACAGAUGGAUAUAUGUUCAAUCCGAACCGGGCAAAUGCCACGUCAGCUGCAAUGACGAUCUGACGACCCACGAAGUCAUCUUGUUUGGUACAGGUGUUUUUACCUUACCUAGGCAUUGCAAAGGCUUUUAUAAAACCUUACAGUUUACACCUUCUGACCUUGUUUAUACGAAUGACAAUAUAACAGCUAAUAUGUAA